AUGGGUUUCGGCGACGAGAUCAAGGAAGUCGAGAACGCCGUUGACGGCCAGACCUCUGCCCAGCAGCAGACCCAGAACAAGUCCGACUCGGGCAUCGACACCGUCCUCGACAGCGCCGUCGACGGCCUGGCUUCGCGCGAGGGUGUUUCUGCCGCCCUGGACCCCGAGAUCAACAACGUCGUCAACGACGAGGCCAACAAAUUCCUGUAA